CAACCAUGCCUCUCCGAUGCGACGUUUGCUAUUACGAAGCUAUUUCCUCGACCGUACUUAAAAACCACAUGAGAAAACACACUGGAGAAAAACCUUUUGAGUGUACUGUAUGCAGCAAGACAUUUUCUCAAAGUUUUAACCUUUAUAAACAUCUUCGGUUGCACACUGGUGAGAAGCCUUUUGAGUGUACUGUGUGCAACAAGAAAUUUUCGGAGAGCGGCACUCUGCGCUCACAUCUUCGUACGCACACUGGAGAAAGGUCUUUUGAGUGUACUGUGUGCAGCAAGAAAUUUUCAGAGAGUAGUAGGCUGCGCAGACAUCUCCGAACGCACACUGGAGAGAAGCCUUUUGAGUGUACUGUGUGCAACAAGAAAUUUUCGGACAGCGGCAGUCUGCGCUUACAUCUUCGAACGCACACUGGAGAAAGGUCUUUUGAGUGUACUGUGUGCAGCAAGAAAUUUUCAGAGAGUAGUAAGCUGCGCAGACAUCUCCGAACGCACACUGGAGAGAAGCCUUAUAAGUGUACUGUGUGCAACAAGAAAUUUUCGGUGAGCAACAGUCUACGCACACAUCUUAGAACGCACACUGGAGAGAGGCCUUUUGAGUGUACUCUGUGCAACAAGAAAUUUUCAGAGAGUAAUAAGCUGCGCAGACAUCUCCGAACACACACUGGAGAGAAGCCUUUUGAGUGUACUGUGUGCAACAAGAAAUUUUCGGAGAGCAGCAGUCUGCGUAAACAUCUGCGAACGCACACUGGUGAGAAGCCUUUUAAUUGCACUGUGUGCAACAAGAAAUUUUCGGUGGGUGACAGUCUGCGUAAACAUCUCCGAACGCACACUGGAGAGAAGCCUUCUGAGUGUACUGUGUGCAACAAGAAAUUUUCGUAUCGGUCGAAUCUCCGCGUACAUUUUCGAACGCACACAGGUGAGAGGCCUUUUGAAUGUACUGUGUGCAACAAGAAAUUUGCCCAUUCUAUUAACUUUUCUUUCUUUUGCAGAAACUACGGUUAUUUUCAACACCAUACCAUGCCUCUCCGAUGCGACGUUUGCUAUUACGAAGCUAGUUCCCCGACCGUACUUAAAAACCACAUGAGAAAACACACUGGAGAAAAACCUUUUGAGUGUACUGUAUGCAGCAAGACAUUUUCUCAAAGUUGUAACCUUUAUCGACAUCGUCGAUUGCACACUGGUGAGAAGCCUUUUGAGUGUACUGUGUGCAACCAGAAAUUUUCGUUGGGUGUCAGUCUGCGUACACAUCUCCGAACGCACACUGGAGAGAGGCCCUUUCAUUGCACUGUGUGCAACAAGAAAUUUUCGACGAGUUGGAAUCUUCGGUCACAUCUCCGAACGCACACUGGAGAGAAGCCCUUUGACUGUACUCUGUGCAACAAGAAAUUUUCGGAGAGUGGUCAUCUGCGUCAACAUCUCCGAACGCACACUGGAGAGAAGCCUUUCGAGUGUACUGUGUGCAACAAGAAAUUUUCGGAAAGUGGCAAGCUUCGCGCGCAUCUCCGAACGAAAACGUUUCGUAGUACCAGGGACAAUCUAAGCAAUACUAAAGAAUUUUUUCAUAAUAUACAACACCACAAAGCUUUAGUAGCUGCUAGACAAAUUUUCUCGUAA